UCUCGCGGGCCAGUAUAUUACAUCGCGGCUCGCGCCGAGGCAUGCUAGUCGACGCUAUCACGCCGGGCAUCGUCGUCAGUGGCGGGUGCAAUUGUCGCCGCGGAUCGGACAGCGCGAGGGGACCCCGUGUCGCGAACAGGAAAAAUAGCAUCGUCUGCAGCGGGCUUAACAUAUACCCCGUUUCGCUCUCCGAGAUGCAGAAGGUGCAGAAGUCGGGUGCAACUGCCGGCACGGACGGCGCCGCGGGGGUAGAUCGGCAGAGCGGCGAGCUGUACCUCCCGGAGCGGGCGCACGCGAGCGUUGGUCCACCUCCAUUCGAGAUGUCAACGGACGACGACGGCCGGACGUGCUGCAACUCGCGGCAGAACGGCGUCGUUCAGCCGCUGCUCACAGACUUGUACCAGAUCACCAUGGCUUACGCCUACUGGAAGAGCGGCAAAAUGAACGAUCGCGCCGUGUUCGAUUUGUUCUUCCGCAAGAAUCCUUUUCAGGGGGAAUUCACGAUCUUCGCCGGUCUGGAGGAGUGCAUCAAGUUCUUGAAUAAAUUCCAUUAUUCCAACAGUGAUAUCAAGUACCUGAAGUCGACUAUGGAUCCUACGGUAGACCAAAGAUUCUUUGAUUAUCUGCAAAGUCUCACUGCGAGCAAUGUCACGAUAUACGCAAUAGACGAGGGAUCCGUUGUGUUUCCGAGAGUUCCAUUGAUCAGAGUAGAAGGGCCGUUAAUAAUGGUACAGCUCUUGGAAACGACUCUGUUAACGUUGGUUAACUAUGCGAGCCUAAUGGCGACCAACGCGGCGAGAUACCGCAUGGUCGCCGGGAAGAAUAUCACGUUGCUCGAGUUCGGUCUUCGAAGAGCGCAAGGACCCGAUGGAGGAUUGAGCGCGUCCAAGUACAGCUAUGUUGGUGGGUUUGAUGGGACUAGCAAUGUCUUGGCUGGAAAGCUGUUCAAUAUACCUGUAUGUGGUACACAUGCACACGCCUAUAUCACGUCUUUCACCAGCAUCAGCGAUCUGCAAGGGAAAACACUGGCGCACAAGGAAACGGGCGACGUUUUAGAUGUAUUGGAACUCGCUUGCAAGCACCGCGAAGAUAUUGCCAAUGAUUUUGGAGCUUUAGCCUCACAGGCGUCCAACGGAGAAUUGGCGGCUUUGAUCAGUUAUGCCGUUGCUUUCCCGGAAAGAUUCACCGCUCUUGUGGACACGUACGAUGUCAAGAGCAUUGAGACGUCGGCCACGGGGCAGGCACAAGUGGCCAGCCUAAAUGUAAAGAAUAAACUUCUAACUAACGGGUCCAAUACACACGCCCAAAACGGUGUGAGAAACAACCCAUUUAUAUCAGAACCAACUUCGCAACCUCACAAGAAUGGCUUUUUACGAGGCGAAUUGGGUGAGCUCUAUGUGAGGAGCGGUCUGUUAAACUUCUGCGCGGUAGCGUUGGCUUUGAACGACUUGGGAUACAAAGCUGUCGGUAUCAGGAUUGACAGUGGCGAUUUAGCGUAUCUCAGUAACGUGGCGAGAGAUAUUUUUGAGAAAAUUGCUGUCAAGUACAAUAUACCGUGGUUUGCCAAAUUGAUGAUCUGCGCGUCCAACGACAUUAAUGAGGAAACCAUAAUAAGCUUGAACGAGCAGAGUCACAAAAUCGAUUGCUUCGGGAUUGGGACGCAUCUCGUCACAUGCCAGAGACAACCGGCGCUGGGCUGCGUUUAUAAAAUGGUCGAGAUCAACGACGAACCGAGGAUUAAGCUCAGUCAAGAGGUCGGGAAAGUCACGAUACCAGGCAGGAAGGAUGCUUAUAGACUGUACGGGUCGGAUGGCUACGCAUUGAUAGAUCUCUUGCAGAAAACGACGGAGGAACCGCCGCAAGUGAUGCAGAAGGUUCUCUGCAGGCAUCCAUUCCAACAAACGAAGAGGGCCAACGUUACACCAUCCCACGUGGAGUCUCUGCACAAGAUAUACUGGAAAGACGGCAAGUUAUGUCAGCCAUUGCCCACGUUGCAAGCAGUUCGCAACAGAGUGCAGGAAUCUCUCAAUACAUUGCGCAACGAUCAUAAAAGGAAUCUGAAUCCAACUCCCUAUAAGGUAGCCGUCAGUGAUACUUUAUACAGAUUUAUCGAUGAACUGUGGUCUCAGAACGCGCCAAUUGGAGAAUUGCGGUGAAGCAUGCUGCUCUUAUACAAGAGUAUCAUUAAACUAGUCUCUAGCAAUUAUAAGUAUCAAGUAAUAACAGUAUCAGGAGCCAUCACAGAUUCACAACAGACGAAAUGUAUAAUAACGAACUUUUUCUCUAAAGGCUAAUCUGCAAUGUGCUUUUUGCGUUUCUAGAAACGUUUAAAAGCGUCGACAACGUGUCGUCGCAGUCGAGCGUGUGCACCACGACUGCGUCGUAGAGUAGAAUAUAUUACAAGAGAGAAGGAAAGAGAGCGAGGAUCCUAAGAGCAUAUUUUUUACAUUUUCCAUCGCGUUGAAAGUAUCGAAUUAUAUUAUCGUCGUCGCAACAGUAUAUUUUGGUAAAUCUUGCGCAAAUCGUAUUAUAAACGUAUUUGUAUAGUUUUACACGAUUUAUAUAGAGCGAGAUGUUAUGUUACAGAAGAGGUCUAUUUACAAGCAGUAACUUUAUCGCGCGCACAUACACGUAUUCUUAUUCCUAUUUGAAGAAAAAGUACAAAAUCGUGUACAAAAAAAAAGUACGUAUGCGUGUGUGAUUUUAGGGAUGCACAACUCAAAUUUCCGAAUAACAACUCAAUAGAACUAGUUUAAAUUAUACAUAUAUUAUAUACAUAGAUAUAUGCAUACGCACGGUUAAAGUACUUCAAACAAUGGCAAUAUACAAUAGCGUAAUGUUUCACUACACUUAAUUUUAAUCGCACAUUGCGUUGCUGGUCUUUCUCCUUUUUUUUCCUUUUCGUAUCUUUUUCGUCCCUUUUCGAAGAUUUGUUCCGUUACGUAUCUGGAAAUUUCAAUUAUCUUAUUAUUAGUAUUUAUAAUUGCUGAAGACUGCUUUAAUAAUAUUCUCGUAUGAGAGUGAUAUAUUCAAUGUAUAUUUACCAUUGUUACUUACACAAAUGUACAAAGAGCGUAAGCAUUAAUAACUAUUAUACAUAUUUAUAAUUUUACAUGCAUGUAUAAUAUGUAUAAAGGCUCGUAUCGAUGUAUACAUAUAUUAAGAGAAGGAACGCGAGAGAAGGGGGGCGGGUGUUAUCUCUCAAAGAAUAAUGUUUGAUGAUUGAUGAGCAGAACUCAAAGAUGAAUUUUUGUGUUGCCCGUGCGUUUUGUUCGAUUCUUUUUAAUCUGUAGAUUAAAAACUGGCCCGGUAUUGUACGUUUAAAUUUUACGUGGUUGUCUCAAUUGACUCCAAAUAUGUAUUCUGGUAUGAAAAAGUUUGUACAUCACUAUAUGAGUAAUUUUUCAUGUUAUCAGUUAUGCUACACUUUAGAUUGAUCUACGAGUAAUCGCUUAGGUUCUAUCUUGUUUUUAAUCACGAUUUCAACAUAGAUCUGUUAUUGUUUUGUAAUGCUCGUUUACCGUAUAUAAGCAUAAUAAUUGUAAAAUAUACCUGUGUUUUUUUUAUAGUGAGAAUAAAUAGCAUAUAGCUGUUAUAUA